AUGGCAGACUUUUGGAAACCUACAGCAGAUAUGUAUAGUGCUCUAUUCGAAAAGCCAAAAAUGUCAUAGAAGUUACUUGAAAAACCUCCAUUCAAAUAUCUAUUUGAUAUUAUUAUGGAGACAACUAAAUAAACAGGUUUCAAAUUUAAAUUUACAUUAGGCUAUGCAAAAGGACUCUAUACAGCUGAUGAAUUAGAUGGAAAUUCAUAUGAUAAUAAAGAUAAGAAGCUUUAAUUCUUACAGAAGAUUAUAGAUUUGACAUCCAUGAUGUUGAAAGAGGAAAUUGCUGCAAAACCUGGUAAAAUAGCUGCAGGUUUGGAACCUGAAAAUACUAAUUUAUUAUUAUAAGCAAUUUACAGAGCAGCUGUGAGUGGUAAAAAUAGUGAUGCUUUUGUUAAGAAAGUACUACUGUUUUAUAAUUUUAGAUAUUAGGAGGUGCAGGAGCAGGAGCCAAAGAACCCGAACCACCUAAAAAAGAAUAGUCUAAACCAGAACCAAAAGCUCAAUAGCCUCCUCCAAAAGAAUAAGCUGCACCUUAAAUUAAGGAGGAAAAGAAACCUGAGGAGAAAAAAGUUGCUCAACCUAAAGAAGAUUAAAAGCCAAAAUAAUAAGUUUAAUAACCUCCUGCUUAAUAGCAAAAAGAAGCUUAAAAAUAAUAAUAACCUCCCCCUCCUUAAUAAUAAUAGGUAUAAGAAGGAAAUGUACGACCUUCAACAGCUAAAAAAAGACCACCUUAAUUACCUACCAAUCAAGUUUCAGUUGAUUAGAAUUAGAAAAAAGGAGGAACAGCUAAUGUAAUUAUAGAGGGUAAAGGAAAUAAUGAUGAUGAUGAUGGAAUAAUAGUGUAAAGUAAUGUGAAACCAAAUGCUGAUAUUAAUGCACAAGAAUAUGGUAAAUUCGUAAGAGAUAAUAUGAAAAAUUAAGAUAAGGGUAAGGAUGAGGAGAAAGAAAAAGAAAAGGAUUAACCUUAAGAAGGUAUUAAAAUGAAGAGGAUAGGAAAAGUAAAUGUUUAAAAAGGUAUUUACUUAAAUUUUAUAAGUAGAUAAAAUAAAGGAAGAAAUUGCAUAGAAUUUAGGAACAUCACAAGUUUCUGAUACAAUUGUAAUGCAAAAAUUAAUCCAAUCUAUGAGUCAAAAUGUGAAUCCAUUGGCUAAAUAAAUUGAAUUUAUAUAAGAUGAUAUUGAAAAUAUGAAUAGAGAAUUGUAAUAAUGGAGAAAGAUCUAUAAUGUCUCAAAACAAAAGAUGGUAGAUAUGAAUAGAGCAACUGAAGAAGUAAUAAUUAUUUAUUAUAUUAUAGGCAUAAUAACCAUUAUUUGAUAAAAUUGCUGAAGUUGAAGAAGUAAUAAAAGAGAAGAAAUCUAAAAUACAAAACAUUAAAGCUUAAAUUAUAAAAAAUAAAUUACAAAUUGAUUAAUUGCUUAAAGCAGUUUUAGUAUAAAAAUGAG